AUGUCCCACUACCUGCGCCCGCCCAACAGGUCCCUGUUCGUGAGGAAUGUGGCCGACGACACCAGACGUGUGUCUGAAGACUUGCGCCGGGAAUUUGGUCGUUAUGGCCCCAUAGUGGAUGUGUAUGUUCCACUUGACUUCUACACUCGUCGUCCAAGAGGAUUUGCUUACGUUCAAUUUGAAGAUGUUCGUGAUGCUGAAGAUGCCCUACAUAAUUUGGACCGAAAAUGGAUUUGUGGACGUCAUAUCGAAAUCCAGUUUGCACAAGGGGAUCGCAAAACACCGAAUCAAAUGAAAGCCAAGGAAGGGAGAAAUGCAUAUGGCUCUUCUCGCUAUGAUGACUACGACAAAUAUAGGCGACCCAGAAGCCGAAGUUACGAAAGGAGGAGGUCUAGGAGUCGUUCUUUUGAUUACAACUACAGAAGGUCUUAUAGUCCUACAAACAAUAGACCUACUGGAAGACCACACCUUAGCAGAAGCCAUUCAGACAAUGAUAGGAGUAGAAGAUUUGUGGCCUGA